AUGGAUUCUCCGCCAGUGAAACCUCCGCGAGGAGUCAAAUAUACCAAAGAAACGAGCGGUUGCGGACUGCUUGUUUCCGUGAUAAAAACCCUCGAUGCCAGUGAAACAAACGAGCAGCGCGAACGGGAGAAGCAUAAAAUUGAACGGGAGUUUCGAAAAACUGACCAGCGUCUAAAUGAACUGGUAUCACGCAGCGAUGGCGAUCUCACGCGCGUUAUGCAGUUGUUCAGCAAGGUGUCGACCGAAGUUACGGCCUCCCGGGAGCGAAUACAUGUGGUCAAGGAGAAUCUCCAGUCGUGCAAACAGUUGCUGCGUUGUCGCCGGGAUGAACUGAAGAAGCUGUACACGGACGCCAUCCAGCACAAGUACGUGCUGGAGAUGUUGGAUCAAAUCACCGAAAUACGGAAAGUUCCAACGCAGCUGACCGCGUAUAUGGCGAAGAAACACUACCUGCACGCCACCAAGCUGCUGAUGGCAUCGAUCGAAACAACGGACGGAAAGUUAAAGGGCGUUGAAGGAUUGAAUGAUCUGCGACAAGACUUUCAGAACCGACGUCAGCAACUGUACGGGAAGCUGCUUGAAGAGUUGAACAAACACCUGUACGUGUCCAGUACAGCAGACGUGUUGCAGAACUUUCAGCGUCAAGCAUCCGGGCGCAACAGUCAAUAUGCGGCCGGUGCGUCCCCGUUUCAGCGAAACGUUUUGCGACGAUCGGCCGAACGAGUGGAAGCCAACACGAAAGCUCGCAAAGCAUUGUUCGAGAUCUCCAAAAAUGGAUUUUUGGAUGUGGAUAAGAGCGAAAUCAUUGAAGAUACGGAACUGCUAGACCCUGAUGUCAAUUCGUCAUAUUUCCUGAGUAUAAUUGUUGAAUGCUUUGCAUUGUUACAGAAAGUGCCUGAAUCGAUUGAGUCAAUAAAAGUACAAAUGCAAAGCGAACUACUAGCUAUCGUAACCAAAUCCACUCACAAUGGAACGCCCUCCGGUGCAUCAAAUGCGGAUCCCACUCAACCUGCCCAACCGGUACCAAUACUCGAACUGCUCGAUCUGGUGUUCAAGCAGUUCAAACUGAUCGCCAGCGCGCACCAACAAGCGCUCCGUAACUAUGGCAACGUCAUACAACGAUACAACAUUCCGCAAGUGAAACCUUACGACAUUAUCGAGUACUGGGGUCAGGCGCAAGCCGUCCUCAAGCUUGUGCUCACCGACUAUCUGGACAUUCAGAACGAUAGCGGUGACGAAGCGCUGCUGUUGCGCAGCCAGUUCGCGGAACAGUCCACCAAUGUGAAUGCGUUCUUUAGCCGUAGAAAAACGCCGGGAAAGAAGCUACUAUUCCGCUUUGACAAAUCGUCCCACACGGCGGAUGCAGGAGGUUCACAAGCGGCGGAAACCGAACCCGUACAACCGAAAGAACAUCGGCGCAAUCUGUCGAACGUUAGCUUCCAUCAGCAUCAGCCGUAUUAUUUCGGUGGAAAGGAUAGUGCUGCUGCUGCUGAGCGGCGAAAGCGUGAACGGGCGUUGGUGUGUCCCGCUGACGCAUCUCUUGUGCGAAGAAUCUAUCUACCGCUGAUGGGAUACAUCCAGGAGAUAGAAAGCUUUAUGAAAUGCAAGUCGGGACAACCCUGCAGUUUGAAUACGUUCCUUGCAAAUUAUGUAAAAGACGCUUAUCUGGCACGUGGGCAUAACCGAAACCUGCAGCUAACGAUCGAAUCGCUUUCGAAAUCGCAGGAUGCCUGGCGAACCAUCAUCAGUCCGGAAGAAAUGAAGCGUCUCGGCCUAACGCGUCCUCUCUUGCAAAACACUCUCAUCGUGGAAAAUCGAAUUGCCGAAACGAAGAAACUCAUCCAAGAUCUUCCCACCUACUCGGACGAACUGUUAAAAAUGGUUUGUUCACUGUUGAAGACGUACCGCGAGACUUGUCAGGCCGCAUACCGAGGCAUUGUACAGCCAGAAACCGAAGAUAAGCGAAUUUACAGUGUCGCUUGGCUUAAAGAUGAUGACAUUACGCGAUUCUUAAAAUCGUUACCGAACUGGACGGAUCUGAAAUCAUCGAACGCUCGGUAUAGGCAAUUGCAGCAGAAGCGCUUGAUCAAAGCGGAACCAUCGGAGGAAGAAAGUCCCACGCAGGUGCAGCAGCGCAACGUUCGCGAAGCGGAAAUGCUGACGAGCAACCUCGGUGAGGGUGGUAUCUCACAGCAAGAGAUCCUAUCUGAUGUGGGCGUACUGAAGGAGCUAGCCAUACUGCAGGAAAGCAUGGAAUGGUUUGCGAGUCGCAUAACGGAGUUUGCCCAGGAGUUGAAAAAACCGAUCGUGAACGGACUGGUUACAGCAUCACCCGUUUCAACGCCCGGAUCCCCUUCGCCCGCCGGCACGGCAACGAUCGUUAACAGUCCGGUUAUCGUGAAGGACGGUAUGAUUAAGGUGCUCAUCAAUCUGGCACUGGAGUUUGAGGAGUUGGCCAACACCUGUCUCCUGGUGCUGCAUCUUGAAGUGCGUGUGCAGUGUUUCCAUUAUCUGCGUUCGAGUCCCUCGGACCGCUACAAGGCGAACAAUCCGAACAAGAACGAUUCACUCGAACCGGAUGCAAAGGUGCUGAAGCUCACGAAGGUGCUGUCGGACAUGGACGAGGCACUGAGUUCAACUUUGCAUCCGAGAAAAACGAAAUAUGUCUUCGAAGGUCUAGCCCACUUGGCGGCGCGAAUUCUAAUCAUGGCUGCCAACUCCAUGGAGUACAUCGAUCAUUCGGGCGUACAGCGAAUGUGUCGGAAUGCGUUGGCACUUCAGCAAACGUUGAGCAGCAUUACCGCAUCGCGGGAAGUGGCAUUGGAUUAUGCACGUUCCUUUUACGAAAUGUUCUACCUAGACCCGGAGGAAAUUCUCACAUCAAUCGUGGAAAAGGGUGCACAGUUUACGGAGAUGCAAUAUCUCAAUGCGCUGCAGUUGAUCUUCCGAAACCGUGGCAUCGUAGAUCCGGCCGUGGUCGGUACCUACCAGCAGAAGCUUUCCGAUCUGCUCGGUACAAAACCCGCCCUCGGCGUGACCGUUUAA